AUGGCCGAUGCUGAGGAUAUUCAACCCCUUGUUUGUGACAAUGGAACUGGAAUGGUGAAGGCUGGAUUUGCUGGUGAUGAUGCUCCUAGGGCUGUGUUUCCAAGUAUUGUUGGCCGACCUCGUCAUACUGGUGUCAUGGUUGGGAUGGGUCAAAAGGAUGCCUAUGUAGGUGACGAGGCCCAAUCUAAAAGAGGUAUUCUUACUCUUAAGUACCCCAUUGAGCACGGUAUAGUCAGUAACUGGGAUGACAUGGAAAAGAUCUGGCAUCACACAUUUUACAAUGAAUUGCGUGUUGCUCCUGAGGAGCACCCAGUGCUUCUAACUGAGGCUCCACUCAACCCAAAGGCCAACAGAGAAAAGAUGACCCAAAUCAUGUUUGAGACCUUCAAUGUACCUGCCAUGUAUGUGGCCAUUCAGGCUGUCCUCUCCCUCUAUGCAAGUGGUCGUACAACAGGUAUUGUCUUGGAUUCUGGUGAUGGUGUGAGUCAUACCGUGCCAAUCUAUGAGGGUUAUGCACUCCCUCAUGCCAUCCUUCGUUUGGAUCUUGCUGGUCGUGAUCUAACUGAAUCUUUGAUGAAGAUCCUCACUGAGAGAGGGUAUAUGUUCACCACCUCAGCUGAGCGGGAAAUUGUCCGUGACAUUAAAGAGAAGCUUGCUUAUGUUGCUGUGGAUUAUGAACAAGAACUUGAAACUGCAAAGAGCAGUUCCUCUAUUGAGAAAAACUAUGAGCUUCCUGAUGGACAAGUUAUCACAAUCGGAGCUGAGAGGUUCCGUUGCCCAGAAGUCCUUUUCCAGCCAUCUAUGAUUGGAAUGGAAGCUGCUGGAAUUCAUGAGACCACCUACAACUCUAUAAUGAAGUGUGAUGUUGAUAUCAGAAAGGAUCUGUACGGAAACAUUGUUCUUAGUGGUGGUUCAACUAUGUUUCCCGGUAUUGCUGACCGUAUGAGCAAGGAGAUCACUGCCCUGGCUCCUAGCAGCAUGAAGAUUAAGGUUGUGGCUCCACCAGAGAGGAAGUACAGUGUCUGGAUUGGAGGAUCAAUCCUUGCAUCCCUCAGCACCUUCCAGCAGAUGUGGAUAUCUAAGGGCGAAUACGAUGAGUCUGGCCCAUCCAUUGUUCACAGAAAAUGCUUCUAA